GUUGCCUACGCACCAUUGCAAAAGUAAAAAAAUUACUAAUUAUUUUUCCUGUUACGCAUACGUAAUAUUUUGUGCAUUCACAUAGAAUAAGAGUUGCAUUUAUUUAGUUGUGAGCAAUGAGAGCUUACGAGAGUUCGAAAAAACUUGAGACUUGACGGUUCUCCUAACCUCACUUAAAAGUGAGGUUGAAAUUGUGUUUUUGUGUUCAUUAACCAUGUCAGGCGGCAAAAAAGGGGCUCUCUUUGUAUGUCUCGGUAACAUUUGUCGGUCGCCGAUUGCCGAAGCGGUCUUUUUGCAUUUGAUCAAAGAAAGGGGCGUUAGUGGUCAGUGGAAAGUGGACAGUGCGGGUCUUGGGGGCUGGCAUGCGGGUAGUUUACCCGAUUCACGUGCCAGAGCUACGCUACAAAAGCAUGAAAUUAAAUACAAUAACACUGCACGUCAAAUAUGUUCCGAGGAUUAUUACGAGUAUGAUUACAUUUUCGGUAUGGAUAAGAAUAAUAUUUCCGGUUUGAAAGGUGACAAACCGUCGGAUGCUAAUCCGAAAAUUUUAUUGUUGGGGGAUUUUGACCCUGAAGGUGAUAAGAUUAUCAGAGAUCCGUACUACGACUCCGGGUCCGAAGGCUUUGAAAAGUGUUACCAACAGUGCUUGAGGUCAUGCACUGCCUUUUUAGAUAAAGUAGAAAAAGGAGAAGUUUAGCCAAUUUUAAUUAAAACUUUUUCGUGAGAGGUAUUUUUCUGUCCUGUCCUACAAAGCAAAAAAAAAAUAUAAGCACUAAUUCAAAAACAUAGGUUUAAUUUUUUAAUUUUAUUUUAAUGAAAAGUAGAAAUAGACAAUUACUUAAAUA